AUGCCUUUGGGAGAGACUGUGUCUAGCCCUCCCUUCUCCACUGGCAUAGAUAUUGCUCAACGGGGGAGCAACCAGUCCAGUCUGGAAAAGCCAAGAAACAGUGCAGAAUGGGUUUUGUCUACCCUGGACAAGAUCGCCAACUGGGCCCGUGUUGGGUCGACAUAUCCGAUGACGUUUGGACUUGCAUGUUGUGGUGUGGAGAUGAUGCAUAUUGCCGGACCUCGCUAUGACCAGGAUCGGUUUGGCUUCAUGUUCCGUGCGAGUCCACGGCAAACCGAGGUCAUGAUCAUCUCUGGGACAUUGACGAACAAGAUGGCGCCAUCGUUGAGGAAGCUUUAUGACCAGAUGCCGGAGCCGAAGUGGGUCAUCUCCAUGGGAUCAUGCGCAAAUGGAGGAGGGUAUUACCAUUAUUCGUACUCGGUGGUCAGAGGAUGUGAUCGUAUUGUCCCAGUUGACAUCUACGUGCCGGGGUGCCCACCUUCGGCUGAGGCAUUGUUGUAUGGUCUGGCACAGCUGCACCGGAAGAUGAGAAAAUCCAGGAAAGCAACAUUGUGGUACCGUCGGUGACACAGAGCAAGGAUGAUCAGCUUUCAGUUUCAUAUUAUCAUUCGAGAACAGCUUUCGAACCAUCUGUAUAACAUAUUUUUGCCCACGCCCAGGUAUCCUCAUGUCCAUUUCUAAGUACUAAACCG